AUGUUCGCCCCACUUGUAUUAGGCAUAGCUGCGCUAGCCAGCGCCUUUCCAGUGUCUACGACGGACAGUGCUACCUCAUAUCCGGAGGUGGGCUUUUGUAUGGGAGAUUGCUGGACACAUGAUCCUGGAAUGAUCCAGCGUGAGUCAGAUGGCAUGUACUUUCGCUUCUCGACCGGAUCAGGAGUCAACACCAUGAUGUCGCCCUCGCUCGAAGGUCCAUGGGUCAACGAAGGUCCCGCACUGCCUCAAGGCUCAGUAAUAAAGUUGAACGGUGUCGAUAGCAUGGACAUUUGGGCUCCUGAUCUGCACUAUGAUAGUGGACUUUACUAUAUGUACUACGUGGUAUCGCAGCUCGGCACGCAAAACUCGCAAGUUGGUGUAGCCACAUCUAAGACGAUGGAGCCGGGGUCAUGGACCGACCACGGCGUGAUUGGGCUCCCCCCAAGCGGCGACUACAACAGAAUCGACCCCAACUGGAUCACUAUCGACGGCAAGCAGUACAUGCAAUUCGGCUCUUACUGGAAGGAUCUCUUCCAAGUCGAGAUGGAGUCUCCACUGAAAGUCGGCUCUGCAGCUCCACACCAGCUUGCAUUCAAUGCCAGUCUCAAUCACCGCGAGGAGGCAUCGUUCAUGUUCCAGCACGAGGAUUACUACUAUCUGCUAUUCAGUGGUGGUAUUGCUGGCUCUUACACGGCCACUUCCCCGCCUCAGGGCGAGGAGUACCGCAUUCACAUGUGCCGCUCAACAAGCGGACUUGGAGGCUUUGUUGACAUGGCUGGUACUUCCUGCUUGAACUCUGGCGGAACCAUCUUGUUGCAGAGCCAUGACCAGAUCUACGCCCCCGGUGGACAGGGUGUCAUCCAAGAUCAAGAGUGGGGUUCUGUUCUUUACUAUCAAUACUACCCACUUUCCUUGAAGGAGGCUGGCGGUGAUGGUAACGACGGCUUCAGAUACGGCUGGAACCCGCUUGGCUGGAAGGAUGGCUGGCCGUAUGUGAUGUCGACCAUCUAA